AUGUCAAUAUUUCGAAAUAAAUUAAUUCUGGCCGGUAGUGCAAUCGGCACUCUGCUAGGUGGCGUCGUUUUGUUAAAGGAUCGUAUGCAAGGCGCCGUUUUCGAGAAGAAUGUACGAGCGGAUGGAAAGGUAGUCAUAAUUACCGGAGCAAAUACCGGCAUCGGGAAGGAGACGGCCCAUUACCUAGCGCGCCGCGGUGCCCAUGUGUACAUGGCUUGUCGGGAUAUGAAGAAAUGUGAAGAAGCGCGCGAAGAGAUCGUGCUGGACACGAGAAACCCGCUAGUUUAUUGUCGCGAAUGUGAUCUCGCUUCGAUGCAAUCCAUCCGACAGUUUGUUAAGCAAUUCAAAUCAGAACAGCAACGGUUGGACAUUCUCAUAAACAAUGCGGGAGUGAUGCGUUGCCCACGCACACUCACCAAAGAAGGCAUCGAGCUGCAGCUGGGCGUCAAUCAUAUGGGUCACUUUUUGCUCACAAAUUUACUGCUCGAUACGCUAAAGUUAAGCGCGCCUAGCCGUAUCGUGGUCGUGUCCAGCUUAGCCCACACGCGAGGCCAAAUAGCGUUGGACGAUUUGAACAGCAGCAAAUCGUACGAUGAAGCUAAAGCGUACGAGCAAAGCAAACUUGCCAAUGUACUGUUUACGCGUGAACUGGCCCGCCGGCUCGAGGGUACGGGUGUGACGGUGAACGCACUCCAUCCCGGUAUCGUCGAUACGGAACUGAUGCGUCAUAUGGGCAUUUUUAACAGUUGGUUUUCGGGCAUAUUUGUGCGACCGUUUGUAUGGCCGUUCCUAAAAUCACCACUGUACGGUGCUCAAACUACAGUGUAUGCGGCACUCGACCCGGAUUUGGAGAAGGUUAGCGGACAGUACUUUAGCGACUGCGCACCGAAGGAGGUGGCCGAACAGGCGAAAGACGAUCAGGUUGCAAAGUGGUUGUGGGCCGUGAGUGAAAAGUGGACUGGCACACUGACUGGAACUGCAGCUGUUUCCUGACACCGGAUUCUGCGUAUGAAUAACAAUAAGGAUAUUGUUAUUUUUACGACAGAUCAGCAAGCAACG